AUGGCGAUAGCGCAGCGGUGCCGACCACGUGGGGCGCAGGCCGCAAGUAGUACGGGGGCGUGUGGCCGCGCUCCCUCCCCCUCCCUUCCGGCCGCGCGAGACGAGGGAGGGCGGUGCCGGCCGCGUUGCCGGGUUACCGCGUGAUUGACGGCCCCUUCGGCCAAUAGAGGCGCGGCGGGGGCGGGAGCGGCUGCGGCUUCGGGCCGGCGGUGGCCGGGAGGGCUCAUUCCCGUCGCGGCCGCCUCCGCGGGCAGCAUGCUGGCUCCCGCCGCGCUGCCGGCCGCCGGCCUGCUCUACUGGGUGGGCGCGUUGUGCGCCCUGUACGCCGCGGUGCUGGGCGCCUUCCGCCUGUGGAGCGGGAUGCGCGUCUGGGUGCUGGGCGGCGGCCGCGCCGUGGGACCCCAACUGGGAGCGUGGGCAGUGGUCACUGGAGCUACUGAUGGCAUUGGAAAAGCCUAUGCAGAAGAGUUGGCAAGACGUGGAAUGAAAGUGGCUCUAAUCAGUCGGUCAAAAGAAAAGUUGGACCAAGUUGCUGGUGAAAUAAAGAAGAAGUACAAAGUGGAAACAAAAAUUAUUGUGGCGGACUUUGGAGAGAAAGAAGACAUUUACAACAGAAUCAAGGCUGGACUGGAAGGCCUGGAGAUCGGCGUUCUGGUAAACAACGUGGGGAUUUCAUAUUCUUAUCCGGAAUACUUCAUUGAUGUUCCAGACCUGGAUAAAAUGAUCGACCAAAUGAUCAACAUUAACAUCACGUCUGUGUGUAAGAUGACACGAUUGGUGCUGCCCGGCAUGCUGGAAAGAUCAAAAGGGGUAAUCUUGAACAUCUCAUCAGCUGCUGGGAUGUAUCCAACUCCACUGCUGACUCUUUACUCUGCAACCAAGGCUUUUGUGGAUUACUUCUCUCGAGGCCUCCAUGCAGAAUACAAGACCAAGGGCAUCAUUGUGCAGAGUGUUCUCCCAUUUUACGUGGCAACAAAACUGUCCAAAAUCCGCAAGCCAACCUUCAGUAAGCCCAGUCCUGAAACGUACGUGAGAGCUGCCAUAGGCACAGUAGGCCUGCAGUCCCAGACCAACGGGUGUCUGCCCCACGCCAUCAUGGGUUGGAUCAUGUCUGUUCUACCUGCCCCUGCCGCCAAGAGUUUAGUCAUGAACUCAAACAAACAAAUACGGGCUCGUUUUUUGAAGAAGCUGAAGGAGAAAUAAAUAGCAGGCAGCUGGAGCUCAGAAGCCUGGAACUCGUGCAGGUUCCAUGCCUGCACCUUGUAGACCUAAUGUCUUGAACAACUGCAGUUGUAAGUGUGCUUUCUAAUAAACAAAACGGUAUCGUUUAGAGGAUACAGACAAAUUCUUGACUUCUAAUACUGGUUUAAUAAUAGGCUUUAUUUGCUUAUAGGUUUUUGUUGAGUUGGGAAGUGUUUUGGACUAAAAUUACCCUGUGCUUUAAGGAAUACUUAAAUGGACUCGAUCAGACACUGCACUGCUGAAGAACAGCUUGGUUUUAUAGCAUCCAUCACAUCAGUGUCUUAUGAUUGCAGGUGAUGGGCAGAACAAUAGUAGUUCUCUGACAUGUUCCUAGAAAGGUAGGGAGGUGUGGGAAGGGAGUAUAUUUGUUUGAAAAGGAAACUUGGUUCUAUUCAGCGUGUAGCUUUUCCCAGCUCAGGUUAAGGAUACUUGCAAGGAUUCAGCAUCGUCAGCCAGCCAGCAAGUGCUCCCCUGCUGCAUGACCCAGUCAGGGGAACUGUGGGACACCAUGGGCAGGGAGGGACAGACUCAGGCUAUGUCAAAGUCAUCUCCCUGUAAAACAGGAGUACCUCCACUUCAGACUUCUGUGUUUGCAAUGUCUGUGUAACAUAGAAAGGAUAACUUAUUGGGAAGGAUGAUCACAAAAUGGUCCUUAACCUGAUGGUUUCAGAAGUCUGCUCAUGGGUUGGUACUGUAUUGAAAUGGGUUCUUGCACCAAAACCUGAGCAGUCAUUUAUGUACAUUCAGGGGUUGAGUGUGACUUUUGGUUGUGAAUUUGAGGGAAGUGGGCCAAAAAAAUACCCCAACCCCAAUAAGUGUAACUGCUCAUCUAUAGGUAUGUACAUAAAGCAAUAUUUCAAUAAGAAUUUAAAUUCUUGCUUCUUUAAUUUGAAGUCAGCUCUUCAGUUGUACAUAACUUCAAUUUGUAACAUUUUUAAAGGUUCAGUGCCUGCUGUUUGUAAUGGAGGAUGAUAACACAGUGUGGAUAAAUGCCACGAGUUACAUGUUACUUGCUGGUUGCUAUGUAAAAGACUUUAAAUGCAGAGCUUGAAAUGGGUUACUCUCCUUUAGCACUGAUGGAUGCAUUCUUUCUGUAGUAUGUCAGCCUGUCUUUUGGUGAGGCCAUUCAGAAUGUGAAUCCUGACUUACAAAUGAGAACCAAUAAACUUCCUUACAGGUAGAACUUUUUUUGUUUUUAAUGUAACUGAUCUGUGCUACAGAAGUUAUCCAGCUCCGAGAUGGGUCAGAGUACAUGAGAAGCCUGCACUGCUGUUGUCUAUUACCUGACCUCUGAAGAUGUAUUUGCUAACAUUCCUUUCUGUAAGUGUGAAGUGUACCUGAACUUCCAAGCCAGAUUAAAUGGCAAGUGGUACCAGUGUUUUCUGUGCUGAUUGGCUGCAGGUUGUUUUUGGUCCCUGAGGAGCAGUUCCAAGCUCUGGUUUUGAAGUGUUGCACUGAGACACAAUUUUUGGAGCUGACAUUCCUAUACAGUGAGAAGAAUCCAAAUACCGAUGCAAUGGUGCUGAUCAGAUCUGAGCUGAAGAUCCUAUCCCAUAGUUUUCUUCAUUACUACUUUUUUGGGAUGGAGAGGUUGGUGGUACCAUUUCUGUAAGCCUGGAGGUGACGUGGAAUCAUUGCACUAACUGAUCCGUGUGCAUUUUCACUUGGUCAAACAAAUAAAAUGGCAUUCACUCUGAA